AUGGCAUAUAACAAUGCAGAUCAGGUCGUCUUUGAUAAGGUUGUUGAAAUCAACGCAUCUAAAGAGUCUUGGAACAUACGUGUUAAAGUCGUCAUGCUUUGGAAGCCGACCUAUGUAAACAAUCCUAAUAUGGUCACAAGCCUGGACAUGAUUUUAAUCGACCAGGAGGGAAGUAGAAUUCAAGCUACAAUAAAAAAAAAUCUUAUUCCAGUAUUUGAAUCCCUAUUCGAUGAAGGAGCUGUCCGGGAGAUCAUAGAUCCUUAUCAUUUUAUCUCUUUCCCAGAUUUGCUAGCCAGGAACUUUGACACUCGUGUUGCAUUUGAUUUUCUAGGUGAAGUUGUGUCAAGUGAUCCCAUGCGAGUCAUUGUUGAGUAUGGAAGAGAGAAAAGGUUAAUGAAUCUGGUUGCUCAGGAUUUAAGUGGUACGAGAAUUGCAGUCGCUUUGUGGGGCAGUUUUGCAAUGAAGUUGAAUACUUACAUUUCACAACAUAAUAAUGACACUGCUCCUGUUAUUAUCCUGCUACGUUUGGCCAAACUCAAAAUUUGGGGUGGUCAGCCUCAAGUUGGUAAUUGUUUGUUUGGGUCUAGAUUGCAUAUAAAUGAUGAUAUGCCUCAGAUUUUGGAGUUCAAAUCAAAAAUUAAUGCUUUGGAUACAAAUGUUGAGUCUUCUAGCCGUACAUCCCAGCUCAACUCAGAUACCGUUGUGGCUAAUCCAGAGGAUUACUACCUCCGUUUUCAGAUAAAAAACAUUGAUGAAAUUCCUGAUUUUAAUGAGGAAGUUGGUUUAACCAUUAUCGCUACUAUUAUUGGUUUUGAUAUGGAUGAUGGUUGGUAUUCAUUUUAUUGUCGUGAUUGUUCUAAAAAAGUUACUAAAAAUCAUGAUGAUGUUGAUGCUGGCCAUUUUCACUGUGAUGGUUGUGGAUUUGUCUCGGAUGUAUUUGGAAAGAUUAGGAUAGUAGUUUGUGUGCAAGAUGAAAGUGGCUCUUCUUCGUUUGUAUUGUUUGAGCGUCAUGUAAAAGAUCUUAUUCAUCAUGGAAACCAAUGGUUGAUGGACAAAAUAGCUAAGAUACCUGAUGAGUUCAAAAUUCUUCUAAAUAAGAAGUUUGUCUUCAAAGUUCAGAUUUCCAUGUUCAAUCUGCAGAACAACUAUCGUGCUUACACUGUGCAUAAGUUAACCGAUGAUGAAAGGGUUCUUGAUGAGGUGACAAAAAGGUCAUCAAAUCAUCAACAUGAUCAUAUAAAUGAUAAUGGUACUCCUGUUAACAAGCCAAAUAAGGUUGGUAACUGUCUCAAAUAA